UGCCGCCUUCCUUCCUCUCCUACUCCCCCGGAGCUGCCGGGAAGCAUGGAUCGGUACUGGCCACGGCUGCACCCCGCGGCGCAGGGCUCGGCCGCCGGGGCUCCCUAUCCCUCCUCCGCCUCGUUCCGCAGCUGCCGGGACAGCAAGAUGCCGCGCAGGAAGGGCCCCCAGCACCCUCCGCCGCCCGGAGGCCCCGAGGAGCCUGGAGAGAAACGCCCUAAGUUUCAUUUAAAUAUUAGGACACUGACGGAUGAUAUGCUGGACAGAUUUGCCAGCAUAAGAAUUCCAGGGAGCAAGAAAGAAAGGACUCCACUUUCCAACCUGAAGACUGCAUUUUCAAGCAAUGAUUGCUCUUCAGAGAUGAAUGAAAACAUUCCAAAGCCACUGUCCGAGAAGGAACUCUUAGAGCUUUUUGAAAAGAUGAUGGAAGAUAUGAAUUUAAAUGAAGAUAAAAAGGCACCAUUGCGGGAAAAGGACUUCAGUACCAAAAAAGAAAUGGUGAUGCAGUACAUUAAUACUGCUUCCAAGACAGGAAGUGUUAAGAGUAGUCGACAGAUCUCACCUCAGGAAUUCAUCCAUGAACUGAAGAUGGGGUCUGCAGAUGAGAGGCUUUUCACGUGCCUGGAGUCCCUCCGUGUGUCUUUGACGAGUAAUCCCGUGAGUUGGGUGGAGAGCUUUGAACAUGAGGGACUUGGAUUAUUACUGGACAUUUUGGAAAAGCUGAUUAGUGGCAAAAUACAAGAAAAAAUUAUAAAGAAGAAUCAGCACAAAGUCAUACAGUGUCUAAAGGCCUUGAUGAACACCCAGUAUGGCUUGGAAAGAAUUAUGAGUGAAGAGAGGAGUCUUUCUUUGUUAGCCAGAGCCAUUGAUCCUGAGAAGCCCAGUAUGAUGACGGAUGUGGUUAAACUCCUUUCUGCAAUGUGCAUUGUAGGGGAGGAAAGCAUCCUUGAAGAAGUUUUAGAAGCUUUAACAUCAGCUGGAGAAGAAAGAAAAAUUGACAGAUUUUCUUCUAUUGUGGAAGGUCUUCGGCACAAUUCAGUUCAAUUGCAAGUAGCAUGUAUGCAGCUUAUCAAUGCUCUUGUUACAUCUCCUGAUGAUUUGGACUUCAGGCUUCACAUCAGAAAUGAAUUUAUGCGUUGUGGAUUGAAAGAGAUAUUGCCAAAUUUAAAACGUAUUAAGAAUGAUGGCCUGGAUAUCCAACUUAAAGUCUUUGAUGAGCAUAAGGAAGAAGAUUUGAUUGAGUUCUUCCAUCGCCUCGAAGAUAUUAGAGCUGAACUUGAUGAAGCGAAUGAUCUUCACAACAUGGUGUGGAACACAGUUAAGGAAACCAGAGCAGAGGGAUAUUUCAUUUCAAUUCUGCAGCAUCUUUUGCUGAUUCGAAAUGAUUAUUUUAUAAGGCAACAGUACUUCAAGUUAAUUGAUGAGUGUGUAUCCCAGAUUGUACUGCAUAGAGAUGGGUUGGAUCCAGACUUCACAUAUCGAAAAAGACUAGACUUAGAUUUAAGUCAGUUUGUUGAUAUUUGCAUAGAUCAGGUGAAACUAGAAGAGUUUGAAGAGAAAGCAUCAGAACUUAACAAGAAAUUUGAAAAAGAGUUUACCGAACACCAAGAAACUCAGGCUCAAUUGCAGAAAAAAGAAGCAAAGAUUAACGAGCUUCAAGCAGAGUUACAAGCUUUUAAAUCACAGUUUGGUGCCUUGCCACCUGGUACCUAUUUGCCUUCUUCAAAAGAAAAUGGAACUGGCCACGCAGCACUUCCUCCACCGCCACCACUGUCCUCUUGUGGAGGCGUGCCCCCUCCACCCCCACCUGCACCCCCUCCCCUUCCAGGAAUGCCCAUGCCAUUUGGUGGUGGUCCUGUGCCUCCACCACCUCCCCUGGGAUUUCUCAGUGGACGAACCUCUCCCCCACCACCAACCCUGCCUUUUGGGUUAAAACCAAAGAAAGAAUUUAAACCGGAGACCAACAUGAGAAGAUUGAAUUGGUUAAAGAUCAGACCUCAGGAAAUGACUGAAGACUGUUUCUGGGUAAAAGCAAAUGAAAAUAAGUAUGAAAAUAUGGAUUUGCUUUGUAAACUUGAGAAUACGUUUUGUUGCCAACCAAAAGAGAGAAGAGAAGAGGAAGAUUUUGAAGAGAAGAAAGCUAUUAAGAAAAGAAUUAAAGAACUUAAAUUUCUAGAUUCUAAAGUUGCCCAGAACCUUUCAAUCUUCUUGAGUUCUUUUCGGGUGCCAUAUGAGGAAAUCAAAAUGAUGAUAUUGGAAGUGGAUGAAACACAGUUGGCAGAGUCUAUGAUUCAGAACUUAAUGAAGCAUCUUCCUGAUCAAGAACAGUUAAAUUCACUGUCUCAGUUCAAGAGUGACUAUAACAAUUUAUGUGAACCCGAGCAGUUUGCUGUUGUGAUGAGCAAUGUGAAGAGACUACGGCCACGGCUCAGUGCUAUUCUCUUUAAGCUUCAGUUUGAAGAGCAGGUGAAAAACAUCAAACCUGACAUCAUGGCUGUCAGUGCUGCCUGCGAAGAGAUGAAGAAGAGCAGGAGCUUUAGCAAGUUGCUGGAACUUGUGUUGCUAAUGGGAAACUACAUGAACGCUGGCUCCCGGAAUGCGCAAACCUUCGGAUUUAACCUUAGCUCCCUCUGUAAACUAAAGGACACAAAAUCAGCAGAUCAGAAAACAACACUACUUCAUUUUCUUGUGCAAAUAUGUGAAGAAAACUACCCUGAUAUCCUCAAUUUUGUGGAUGAUUUGGAACAUUUGGACAAAGCUAGUAAAGUUUCUGUAGAAACGCUGGAAAAGAAUUUGAAGCAGAUGGGAAGGCAGCUUCAACAGCUUGAGAAAGAUUUGAAAAUCUUUCCCCCUCCUGAGGACUUGCAUGAUAAGUUUGUGACAAAGAUGUCCAGCUUUGUUAUCAGUGCAAAAGAACACUAUGAGAAACUUUCAAAAUUACAUGAAAACAUGGACAAGUUAUACCAGAGUAUAAUGGGGUACUAUGCCAUCGAUGUGAAGAAGGUGUCUGUGGAAGACUUUUUGACUGAUGUGAAUAACUUCAGAACCAUGUUCAUGCAAGCAAUGAAGGAGAAUUUCAAAAAAAGAGAAGCAGAGGAAAAAGAAAAACGUGCCAGGAUAGCCAAAGAAUUGGCAGAGAAGGAAAGACUUGAACGCCAACAAAAGAAAAAACGCCUGUUAGAAAUGAAGACUGAGGGUGAUGAGACAGGAGUGAUGGAUAGUCUGCUGGAGGCCUUGCAGUCGGGGGCUGCCUUCCGCGACCGAAGGAAAAGGACACCGAAGCCGAAAGAUAUUCGGGGAAGUCUCAGUCCAGCGUCUCGGCCUGUCCUGAAAGUUUGUAACCAUGAAAAUCAGAAGUUGCAGUUGACAGAAGGGUCACAUUCACACUACAAUAUCAAUUGCAGCUCAACAAGGACUGCAGUCACCAAGGAGCUUAAUUAUAAUCUAGACACUCACACGUCUACCGAGAGGAUCAAGGCAGCUGAGAAGAAGGAAGCCUGUAAUGUAGAAAGCAACAGAAAAAAGGAAAUGGAACUUCUUGGCUCGGUUUCUAAAAACGAAUCCAUUCCCGAAGUUGAAGCCCUGCUGGCAAGAUUACGAGCUUUAUAAAUUAAAGUGGUAAAAAUGAUUAAGCCAAAUAUAAAACCAUGCUCUAAGCUAUACCACUUGAAAAAAUUGCUUCUUAUAUAAGUGACUUUAUAUGGUUUUAAAUUAUGAUAU